AACGCGCGGUCAAGGGGGCGUGUCCAAGGCCUCAGCCGCUAGGGUAGGAGGUCUCUGUCCAGCACUGGCUCGUUGCUUCCUUCCAUCUGUAUUAUUUACCUCAGCGCUGGACACUUGUCCGCACCGCCGGCGGCUGCAGCGCUCUCCAUUCAUACAGUCAGGCACUUGUGAAGAUGUAGAUACCACUGGUUCCAUCACUGUCGGUGACCACCUACCUCCAGAGGGGCAUCAUGAGGCUGUGUAUGUACCUGCUGAAGAACUCCAUCCCUAAUCAGAUCGAGUACUACUCCAAGUUCUCCCCCUCCCCCCUGUCCAUCAAGCAGUUCCUGGAUUUCGGUCGCAACAAUGCCUGUGAGAAAACAUCUUAUCUCUUUUUGCGGAAAGAAUUACCAGUACGUAUUGCAAAUACACUAAAGGAAGUUAAUUUGCUGCCUGAAAACCUGCUCCAAAGGCCAUCUGUGAAAUUAGUCCGGACCUGGUAUAUGCAGAGUUUUCUUGAACUUUUAGAGUAUGAGAAUAAGAGCCCUGAUGACCCAGAUGUCCUGUAUGACUUUUUAAACAUUCUCAUUGAAGUGAGAAAUCGACACAAUGAUGUGGUCCCCACCAUGGCCCAAGGUGUGAUCGAAUACAAGGAGAAAUAUGGAUUUGACCCGUUUGUCAGCAGUAAUAUCCAGUAUUUCCUGGACAGGUUCUACACAAACAGGAUCUCAUUUCGUAUGCUCAUUAAUCAGCACACUCUUCUGUUUGGAGGGGACAUAAAUCCUGCACAUCCAAAGCAUAUUGGCAGCAUUGAUCCCUCCUGCAAUGUUCCAGAGGUAGUGAAAGAUGCCUAUGAAACGGCAAAAAUGCUUUGUGAGCAAUACUACUUGGCAGCACCUGAACUUAAGAUUGAAGAGUACAAUGCUAAAGCUCCUGGUAGACCGCUCCAAGUGGUGUAUGUGCCCUCUCAUUUGUUUCAUAUGCUGUUUGAAUUGUUUAAGAAUUCAAUGAGAGCCACUGUGGAGCAACAUGAAGGCCGCACUGAGGCCCUGCCACCUGUGAAGACAUUGGUCACACUUGGAAAGGAAGAUCUAUCUAUAAAGAUCAGUGACCAAGGUGGUGGAGUGCCAUUGCGGAAGAUAGAUCGCCUGUUCAAUUACAUGUAUUCCACAGCACCUAGACCCAGUUUAGAGCCAAGCAGAGCAGCUCCUUUGGCUGGUUUUGGGUAUGGAUUACCCAUCUCUCGACUCUAUGCUCGUUAUUUCCAAGGUGACCUUAAACUCUAUUCCAUGGAAGGUGUUGGUACAGACGCGGUUAUCUACCUUAAGGCUGUUUCCGGCGACUCAUUUGAGAGACUGCCAGUAUUUAACAAAUCAGCAUGGCGACACUACAAGAAUGCGGCAGAAGCCGACGACUGGAGCAACCCAAGCAGAGAGCCACGGGAUGCUUCAAAGUACAAGGCUAAUAAAUAGGCCGCCUUUAGGAUCGACAUGUGUAUUGCUCUUAUAUUUGGGCAGUUUCUGGGGUUACAAAAUCACUGUAAUAAUAAUGGGGAACACUCUUAGGCCCCUUUCACACGGGCGAGUAUUCUGCACGGAUGCGAUGCGCGAGUUGAACGCAUUGCACCCGCACUGAAUCCCGACCCAUUCAUUUCUAUGGGGCUGUUCACAUGA